GACGCGCACGUAACAGGACGGCAGCGAGCCCGUCGCGUGUUAACGGUUCAGUCAGGGCUCCGGCCGGCGGUUGCAUUCGCUGACGUGAGAUAGAAAGGAGCCGAGCAGCGACCGUCAGAGCUAUGCCGGGCCCCCCACGAUGAUCUGGACGGCGAGGCCGGGCUGACGAGAGACUGAAGGCGCAGAAGCGCGCUCCUCUCCGUACGCACACACAGCACCGCCUCCGUCGCCUCAGGCAGCACGACGCUCGCCAGGCCGCGGCCUAGUCAGGGGGAUGCCGGAAUGGAGACCCACAUCUCCUGCUUGUUCCCGGAGCUGCUGGCGAUGAUCUUCAGCUACCUGGAUGUCCGAGACAAGGGCCGGGCGGCUCAGGUAUGCGUGGCCUGGCGGGACGCGGCCUACCACAAGUCCGUGUGGCGGGGGACCGAGGCCAAGCUGCACCUCCGCCGCGCCAACCCUUCCCUCUUCCCCAGCCUGCAGGCCCGGGGCAUCCGCCGCGUGCAGAUCCUCAGCCUGCGCCGCUCCCUCAGCUACGUCAUCCAGGGCUUGCCCGACAUCGAGAGCCUGAACCUGAGCGGCUGCUACAACCUGACCGACAACGGCCUGGGCCACGCCUUCGUCCAGGAGAUCUCGUCCCUGCGCUCCCUGAACCUCAGCCUGUGUAAGCAGAUCACGGACAGCAGCCUGGGCCGCAUCGCCCAGUACCUGAAGCGGCUGGAGGUGCUGGAGCUGGGUGGCUGCUCCAACAUCACCAACACUGGCCUGCUGCUCAUCGCCUGGGGGCUGCACGGCCUCAAGAGCCUCAACCUGCGCAGCUGCCGCCAUGUCUCCGACGUUGGCAUUGGUCACCUGGCUGGAAUGACCCGCAGCGCCGCCGAGGGCUGCCUGAGCCUGGAGCAGCUCACCCUGCAGGACUGCCAGAAACUGACAGACCUGGCCCUCAAGCACAUCUCCCGGGGGCUGCAAGGGCUCCGCGUACUCAACCUCAGUUUCUGCGGGGGCAUCUCGGACGCGGGACUGCUGCACCUGUCACACAUGCGGGGACUGAAGAGCUUAAACCUGCGCAGCUGCGACAACAUCAGUGACACUGGCAUCAUGCACCUGGCCAUGGGCAGCUUCCUGCGCCUCACCGGCCUGGACGUCUCCUUCUGUGACAAGGUGGGUGACCAAAGCCUAGCGUACAUCGCUCAGGGCCUCUACGGACUCAAGUCCCUGUCCCUCUGCUCCUGUCACAUCAGCGACGACGGCAUCAACCGGAUGGUGCGGCAAAUGCAUAGCCUGAGGACCCUGAACAUCGGCCAGUGUGUCCGCAUCACCGACAAGAGCCUGGAGCUUAUAGCCGAGCACCUGAACCAGCUGACUGGCAUUGACUUGUAUGGGUGCACCCGCAUCACCAAGAGGGGACUGGAGCGUAUCACACAGCUGCCUUGCCUCAAAGUGCUCAACCUGGGGCUGUGGCAGAUGACCGAGAGUGAGAAAGUCAGGUGAGGGCCACCGUGCCCAGCUCUGUGCCACUCAAGAGACUUUCUAGGACUUGACUGAUGCAUUAUACUGCCUGGUAGGGCCACAAGAGCUGGGAGCAGAACAGGGCCAUGUAAGGUGUCAGGGCUAAGUGGCAUUAGCCGUUCUGGCAGUGCUGAUAACAGGGGUUGCUACCAUUGGUAUUGCAAGAGGUUUGAAGGAAAGGAGUUCCCGGUUUGUGGCAUAGGUUACCCACUAGCAGUGCCCUGUGGUCUGAUCCAUCAUGGUGCUGGGCAGAGGUCUAUGGAGAUCCCUUCAGGCCUGACACUUGCCACCAUCCUGACAGCUACAGAGCUCUGCACCGACAUCUGCCGAGUAGAGCGGCACUGAGCAGGCUGCCAGCCUCUGACAUCACACACUAAUAACACAAAGGUGGUUGUGAUAGCCGGGCAGCAGAGGCAUCCGGAUGUGGUUAACUUAUGCCAACAACCUGUCCCUUUUCUACAGUAUAAGGAAGGGUUAAUGGGAGCUGCACCCGUAACAUUUCUUAAGUUUUCUUUUUCUAUGUUUGUUUUGUAAGUAGGAGAAACUUUAUCCAACACAUUCCCCCUGGCCCCGGAGACGGGGCCCUUUACUUUCGAUAUUCCUGAAGGUCGGCUACCUCGUUUUAAAUUUUAUUUUAUUUUUAGGUCCUGGAAAGCUGAGUUUGCCCUCUUCUGUUUGUUUUUAGUGCCUAAACUGGAACAAUGUUGUCUUUAGUUUGCUCCUGUAGACAUUUCUGCGUCCUGGUAGAACGAGACUUUUUUGAUCGGUUCUGUAAGGUCAGGGACACACGUGACUGAGAAUUCUGCUGCAAAAACAUGUAAUACAUGCGUUUUUGGCAGUGGAAAAGCCAGCAGAUUUCACCCUCUCCAAUGGAAACUGAGAAAUCCGUUAAAUAAAUUGACAUGCUGCAGAUUUCAAGGCCGUGAUAUCGCUGCUUUAUUCUCAUCCACUUCGCUGGUACUGUACAGCGCUGCGGUUAUACCGCACAUAAAUCCGCAGCUAUUCAGUCACAUGUGACCCCAGCCUUAGAAUAAUCAUGCUUUAGCCCCCCCCAUUAUGUGUGGAACAAUUUGCAGUUGGCCCCUUAACCCAGUCACUACCUGCUAGUUCUUUGCAAAAGUAUUGCUAUUUCCUCAGUUAUCCAGAACAGAGUGCCAAAACUAGGGCUGAUAAGUUCUGUAGUAUUGGGGGGUUGCUGUCUUUAGGGCAGUCACCCCCUUAUGUAGAACACCCCACUAGGGGCAAGCUGCAGUGGAGCCCAUUAUAAAGAUUGUGGCAGUCUAGUCCCUGGGGCUCCUCCAGAUGGGUGGGAGAAGAGUCCAUGAACAUUAUGAAGGCCGCACAACUACAGCUCCCCCGCUGGUUUUAAUACUGUAUUAAAGUUAAAGGGGUAUUCCAGUAAUUUCAAGUUAUCCUCAACCUGUGGCCCUCCAGCUGUUGCAAAACUACAACUCCCAGCAUCCCCAAACAGCCUACAGCAGGGCAUUGUGGGAGUUGUAUUUUUACAACAGCUGGAGGGCCGUAGGUUGAGCAUGCCUGCUCUAAGGGAUAACCAUUCGAUCGGCGGGGGUCUCCUCAAACAGUGUCAGGUGGAGCAUGCACAUUGUAGAUAUGGGAUACCCCGAAACUACUAGAAUACCCCUUUAACCCCCCCCCCCCCCCACUAGUUAAGGUUCAUAGACUGGUAUUUCCUGGAUUUCCCACAAUCCUCGGGGGGGCCGCCUCCUGUUGAGGGCGGAAUAUUUCCAAUUUUUUUUGCUCCUGACCAAUCUGAGUUGUAGAACUGAAGUGCAGAACUUGCCUUUCAUAACUCUUGCUGCUGAAGGAUGUGCAAAGCCGAGCGCCAACUGAUGACGAUAGUCAAAUUAUAUAUGCAAACAUCAGACUGUACCCCCUCCCCAUCAUCAUCAUGAGUGCACCUUUUAUUUUUUGUUUUUGAGGCGUUUUAUAUGGUGGGAGCACAAUCCAUGGUCGUUCUCAGAUUAGGGUUGAAUUCUGUUCUCACUUCCUCUCUUCUGUGGAUCACAUUCAGCUUGGUUAGAAUUUUUUUUGAAAAAAAAAGUGACUGGUAUUUUCUGUUCUGUUGGAAAUAACCUUCCCCUCCCCCAUCCAUUUCCUGAACAUCUCCACAGUUGGAUCUCACCUAGAAAAAAACGUGCCGAAUUUCAUUGUACUGUCUGUGAAUUUGUAUAAAAGAUCCUCCAAGAAACUCUUUAUAUUCUUACAGUUAAAAGGUUAAACGGAUAUUUAUAUAAUAAAAGAGGAAAUAUGAUGUAUGUUUUUGAGAAA